UCAGAGAGACACGUGAGACGCUGCUACGUCAUCACCAGGCACGCGCAGGAAACAUGGCGGCGGCGGGUGUUGUGAGCGGGAAGAUUAUAUAUGAACAGGAAGGAGUAUGUAUUCACUCAUCUUUUGGAAAGACCAGUGACCAAGACAGCUUGAUUUCAGGAAUAUUGCGUGUUUUAGAGAAGGAUGCUGAAGUAAUAGUGGACUGGAGACCAUUGGAUGAUGCAUUGGAUUCUUCUAGUAUUCUCUAUGCUGGAAAGGACUCCAGUUCAGUUGUAGAAUGGACACAGGCCCCAAAAGAAAGAGCUCAUCGAGGAUCGGAACAUCUGAACAGUUAUGAAGCAGAAUGGGACAUGGUUAAUACGGUUUCAUUUAAAAAGAAACCACAUACAAAUGGAGAUGCUCCAAGUCAUAAAAAUGGGAAAAGCAAAUGGUCAUUCCUGUUCAGUUUGACAGACCUGAAAUCAAUCAAGCAAAACAAAGAGGGUAUGGGCUGGUCGUAUUUGGUAUUUUGUCUAAAGGAUGACGUCGUUCUUCCUGCUCUGCACUUUCAUCAAGGAGAUAGCAAACUACUGAUUGAAUCUCUUGAAAAAUAUGUGGUAUUGUGUGAAUCUCCACAGGAUAAAAGAACAUUUCUUGUGAAUUGUCAAAAUAAGAGUCUUUCACAGUCUUUUGAAAAUCUUCUGGAUGAACCAGCAUAUGGUUUAAUACAAAAAAUUAAAAAGGAUCCUUAUACAGCAACUAUGGUAGGAUUUUCCAAAGUCACAAACUACAUUUUUGAUAGUUUGAGAGGCAGCGAUCCCUCUGAACAUCAACGACCACCUUCAGAAAUGGCAGAUUUUCUUAGUGAUGCUAUUCCAGGUCUAAAGAUAAACCAACAAGAAGAACCGGGAUUUGAAGUCAUUACAAGAAUUGAUUUGGGAGAACGGCCUGUUGUUCAAAGGAGAGAGCCAGUAUCUCUGGAAGAAUGGACUAAGAACAUUGAUUCUGAAGGAAGAAUUUUAAAUGUAGACAGUAUGAAGCAGAUGAUAUUUAGAGGGGGACUUAGUCAUGCAUUGAGAAAGCAAGCAUGGAAAUUUCUUCUGGGUUAUUUUCCUUGGGACAGUACCAAGGAGGAAAGAACUCAAUUACAAAAGCAAAAGACCGAUGAAUACUUCAGGAUGAAACUACAGUGGAAAUCUGUCAGCGAGGAGCAAGAGAAGAGAAAUUCGAGGUUAAGAGAUUAUAGAAGUCUCAUUGAAAAAGAUGUUAACAGAACAGAUCGAACAAACAAGUUUUAUGAAGGCCAAGAUAAUCCAGGGUUGAUUUUGCUUCAUGACAUUUUGAUGACCUACUGUAUGUAUGAUUUUGAUUUAGGAUAUGUGCAAGGAAUGAGUGACUUACUCUCCCCUCUUUUAUAUGUGAUGGAAAAUGAAGUGGAUGCCUUUUGGUGCUUUGCCUCUUACAUGGACCAAAUGCAUCAAAAUUUUGAAGAACAAAUGCAAGGCAUGAAGACCCAGCUAAUUCAGCUGAGUACCUUACUUCGAUUGUUGGACAGUGGAUUUUGCAGCUACUUAGAAUCUCAGGACUCUGGAUACCUUUAUUUUUGCUUCAGAUGGCUUUUAAUAAGAUUUAAAAGGGAAUUUAGUUUUCUAGAUAUUCUUCGAUUAUGGGAGGUAAUGUGGACUGAACUACCGUGUAAAAAUUUUCAUCUUCUUCUUUGUUGUGCUAUUCUGGAAUCAGAAAAGCAGCAAAUAAUGGAAAAGCAUUAUGGCUUCAAUGAAAUACUUAAGCAUAUCAAUGAAUUGUCCAUGAAAAUUGAUGUGGAAGAUAUACUGUGCAAGGCAGAAGCAAUUUCUCUACAGAUGGUAAAAUGCAAGGAAUUGCCACAAGCAGUUUGUGAGAUUCUGGGGCUUCAAGACAGUGAAGUUACUACGCCAGAUUCAGACACUGGUGAAGAUGAAAAUGUUGGCAUGACUUGUCCUACUUCUGCAUUUAAGAGUAAUGCCUUGCCUACACUUGCUGCCAGUGGAGCCAGAGAUGACAGACCAACACAGAUAACAAUGUCCUCAAAUGUCAGCAGAUUAGCAACUGCAUGAUCAUUUUUCUUGCUUUUUUUUUUAAAAAAAACAAGACACUUCGUUGCAACUCUUUUUCAAGUACUUGAACAGUGGAAAUUUAAAAGCUUGGUGUUGAUCAUGCUUUAAGGUUUAUGGAAAGAAAGUGUACUGAUGUUCUUGCAUUAAAGCUUUACAAAGAUUUAAACUAAUUAUUUUUGUAGUUACUUCUACCAAAUAGCAUUUCCUUUUCAAUAACAUUCCUUAGUAUUUUUAUAGCCAAGUACAUCUUAUUUUCUUGCUGAUGAACUGGAAUCAGAUAAAUAUUACAAGUGGAUGAGUUGGAAAUUAUGCACUUUGAAAAACAUUCACUUUGUUUACUCUAAGUGGGUUUUAGAUUUGAUUAAAUUAAAUGUUGAGCCUUUCUAUAACAUUCUAAGCUGAGAAGUAGAUUGUUACCCAGUGAUGAAGUAAAAAUAAAAGUAUUUGUUUUUCUCCAUUUUUUACAACAAUACUCAGCUUAAAUAUUUAUGCUGGUUGAAUGCGAUUCAAUUGGACAUUUUCAUCAAUGCAAUUUAAUAUAUAGGUGAAGAACUAUUUCAACCAUAAUAAGUGGACUGGCCAUAUAUUUUUUACAUUGAACUUUUCUUCACUUGUGUAUAAAGACUAUAUGUAAGUACUUAUUUAUGAGUAUAAGAGAGGAUAGGCAUAUUUUCUUUAACUGAAUGAAGUUGACUAUUGAUUUAUAUAACCUGGUUUGACAAAAUUAAUACAUGGCUUCAAUAUGAAAUCUUUUUAAAAACUAUUUUCUUAACCAAACAUUUAUUUCAUGAGACUACAUUCAACCCUGUACCUGUUAUAAUUUUAAAAUUAAUUGCUGUAA